UUGACCAUGGUGCUGACAGGGAAGCGGUCUGUGAAGGGACCAGUGGGUUGGAGGAGGAGGGUGAAGUCUGAGUACAUGAGGCUACGCCAACUCAAACGCUUCAGACGGGCCGACGAGGUCAAGGUACACACACGCAUAUGUACACUGGGCUCCAAAAUUACUGCCACCCCUGACUGGCAAUGCACAAUCAAUACUUAAAAAAAUAGAAACAAUAUAAUUAUAAAGAAACUCAAAAUACCAACAUGUGAGAGAUAAUGGACUUUAUUAAUGUUUCAAUGGAACCAACCAAAAUCAUACAAUUAUUUAAUACAAAAUAAAUGUCACCAAAAUCAAGGUUUCAUAAUUAUUGGCACUCCUCGUUUAGUACUUAGUGCAACCACCUCUGGCAGGGAUAACAGCAUGGAGUCUUUUCCUGUAAUGUUUGACAAGGUUAAGGAACACAUUUGGAGGGAUUUUGGACCAUUCCUCUAUGCAGAUCCUUUCAAGAUCCUUCACAUUCUUGGGUUUGCGCUUAUCAACUGCCCUCUUCAACCCACCACCAUAUUCCACCGUGUGUAUGAGGUGCCUCUCCUUGUAUGCAUCUCUGUUUCGACGCCAAACAUGCCGAUGCUAUAUCUGACCAAAACGUUCAAUUUUGGUCUCAUCUGACCAGAGCACCUUCUUCCAGUCAUAAUGUAAAUGACGUUUGGCAUACUCCAAGCGCUUGCGUCUGUGUCUUGGGGUCAGAAAGGGCUUUCUUCUGUCAACCCUUCCAAAGAGCCUGUGGUUGGUGCUUUUUGAAACCUGGUGACCCCAAGACGCCACCAAGACCUGCAAUUCUUUCACAGUGAUUUUCUUGCUUCUUUCACCAUCCUCCUCCCUAUCCUGGGGGGCAAAAUGCGUUUGCGUCCUCUACCCGUGAGGUUUUCAACUGUUCCAUAUUGUUUACAUUUUUAAAUAAUUGCCCUGACAGUGCUCAGUGGUAUAUUCAAUCGUUUGAGGAUCUUCUUGUAGCCAUUACCAGAUUUAUGAAGGUCUACAACCAUCUGUCUCUUUUGAACUGCCAGUUCUUUUGUUUUCUUCAUGGUGUUAGAUGACAAAGGGAUAUUGCAUGCGUUUUACCUCAUUUUUAUACCCUAGUGAAACAGGAAGGGAUGUAGUGGCUCAAUAUAGUUCCUUAAGACUUAGAUACACUUAAAUAAGUGGAAUUCAAUUCCUGGUUUAAUAUAGGUAGAUGUUAUUUACAAUAAUCUUUAAGGGUGCCAUUAAUUGUGAAACCUUGAUUUGGAGGACUUAUUUUUUAUUAAAUCAAUAAAUGAUUUUGGUGGGUUCCAUUGGAACAUUAAUAUAGUACAGUAUUUCUCACAUGUUAGUAUUUUGAGUUUAUCUCUAUAAUUAUAUUGUAUAUAUUUAUUGUUUGUGCAUUGCCAGUCAGGGGUGCCAGUAAUGUUGGAGCCCACUGUAUGUAUCCAAUAAGGGCUUUAACAGAACACUGGAGAGGUCCUUUCAUUUCAGCACAUUUGCAUGUUCCCACACUCUGUUCACACACAGACACACACACACAUACAUACAUGCAUACAUACAUAGAGAGGUUUCUGACAGUGUGUUUUCUCCUCCCUAGAGUAUGUUUAACUCUAACCGUCAGAAGAUCUUGGAGCGGACAGACAUCCUGAAUGCUGAGUGGAAGACCAGGAGGAUCCAGCCCGUUCACAUCAUGACAUCUGUUAGCUCCUUACGAGGGACCAGAGAGGUUAGCGCGCACUACACACACACACACACACACACCUAUCCAGAGAUUAAAAUAAAUAAAUAUGGAUUUACAAUAACAUCAGUUUACUGUUUUUCACCAUGUUUGACCUUUUACAGUUCUUCACAAGUGAGUCUGAGUUCUCUAAUGUGUAUAUUGUCUCCUCCAGUGUACGGUGGCCAGUGGUUUCUCAGAGUUCUCCAAACAGGUGAUCCCGCUGAAGACGCUCAACGCUGUAGCCUCUGUACCUGUCAUGUACUCCUGGUCCCCGCUACAGCAAAACUUCAUGGUAAACACACACACACAAACUGAGCGAUACUAAGCUUGUUCUGACAUGUGCACUGGAACUGUAGUUAUCCGAUGCAGUAGUCUAGUCCCAACUUGAUGAUAGUGAUGUCUUAAACUUUAAUGGAAUUGUCCUGAUACACCUGGCCUACUGACACUCUAUUGAUAUACACCUGGCCUACUGACACUCUAUUGAUACACCUGGCCUACUGAUAUUCUUCUGACACACCUGGCCUACUGAUGCACCUGGCCUACUGACACUCUACUGAUGCACCUGGCCUACUGACACUCUACUGAUACACCUGGCCUACUGACAUUUUGCUGAUACACCUGGCCUACUGAUACACCUGGCCUACUGACAUUCUACUAAUACACCUGGCCUACAUACACUCUAUUGAUACACAUGGCCUACUGACAUUCUACUAAAACACCUGGCCUACUGACAUUCUUCUGACACACCUGGCCUACUGACACUCUACUGAUACACCUGGCCUACUGACACUCUACUGAUACACCUGGCCUACAUACACUCUACUGAUACACCUGGCCUACAUACACUCUACUGAUACACCUGGCCUACAUACACUCUACUGAUACACCUGGCCUACUGACACUCUACUGAUACACCUGGCCUACUGACACUCUACUGAUACACCUGGCCUACAUACACUCUACUGAUACACCUGGCCUACAUACACUCUACUGAUACACCUGGCCUACAUACACUCUACUGAUACACCUGGCCUACUGACAUUCUACUGAUGCACCUGGCCUACUGACACUCUACUGAUGCACCUGGCCUACUGACACUCUACUGAUGCACCUGGCCUACUGACACUCUACUGAUACACCUGGCCUACUGACACUCUAUUGAUACACCUGGCCUACUGACACUCUACUGAUACACCUGGCCUACUGACACUCUAUUGAUACACCUGGCCUACUGACACUCUACUGAUACACCUGGCCUACUGACACUCUACUGAUACACCUGGCCUACUGACACUCUACUGAUGCACCUGGCCUACUGACACUCUACUGAUACACCUGGCCUACUGACACUCUAUUGAUACACCUGGCCUACUGACACUCUACUGAUACACCUGGCCUACUGACACUCUAUUGAUACACCUGGCCUACUGACACUCUACUGAUACACCUGGCCUACUGACACUCUAUUGAUACACCUGGCCUACUGACACUCUACUGAUGCACCUGGCCUACUGACACACCUGGCCUACCAAACCUGGCCUACUGACACACCUGGCCAUCGGAUACACCUGGCCUACUGACACACCUGGCCUGCCUUGUAGGUAGAAGAUGAGACGGUUCUCCACAACAUCCCCUACAUGGGAGAUGAGAUUCUGGACCAAGACGGAACCUUCAUAGAGGAACUCAUCAAGAACUACGACGGCAAAGUUCACGGAGACAGGGGUACGACACACGCUAUUUUAUAUUAUCACAUCUUGUUUUGAUUUGAUGUGGUGUGUCUGUCUGUGUCAUGUUAAAUGACUGUGUGUGUUUCCAGAGUGCGGCUUCAUUAAUGAUGAGAUCUUUGUGGAGCUGGUGGGUGCACUGACCCAGUACAGUGACAACGAUGAUGAUGAUUUUGAUGAAGAAGAGCAGGAGUUUAAGCUGGAGAAGAUGGAGCUGUGUGAGGGGAAGGACCACCUGGUCGAGGAACCCCUGAUCAACACUGAAAGUAAGGCAGACGGCCACUGCUAUUAUCCAACAAAGAAUAGAAAUGAGCCUUAUCCCAAAACCAUUCCCUCAACCCUUUAUCUCACCUAGUUCCCUUCCCUAGGUCCUCUCAGCUCUUGAUCUCUCCUUACCCUCCUGUGUCCUGUGUGGGCUGACGCAGUGACUGUGGUAAGACGUUGUGUGUGUGUGUGUGUGUAACCCCUGUGUGUCCUCUGCUUGCAGGCCAAGGCAGCAGUGACAGCUCUAAGAACUUUCCGUCUGAUAAGAUCUUUGAGGCCAUUUCCUCCAUGUUCCCUGAUAAGGGCUCCACAGAGGAACUCAAAGAGAAGUAAGUACUCCUUUGAGUGUGUGUUUUUGUGUGUCAGUAGUGCAUAUUUCUGUUUUGUCUCUACUAUAAUGAGGUGUGUGUGUGUGUGUGUGUGUGUUAUCAGGUACAAGGAGCUGACAGAGCCACAGUUGCCCGGUGCAUUGCCUCCAGAGUGUACUCCUAACAUGGACGGUCCCAACGCUCGCUCCGUUCAGAGAGAACAGAGUCUACACUCCUUCCACACACUCUUCUGCCGACGCUGCUUCAAAUACGACUGCUUCCUGCACCGUGAGUGUACGGACACACUCUCUCUCACCACAUUUGGACUGUUCUACACUACCCCUCUCUGACUUCACUAUGACCACUCAUCUCUCUCCUCUUUGUAUCUCUCUCUCCAGCCUUCCAUGCGACUCCUAACACCUAUAAACGUAAGAACAUGGAGAAUCUGGUGGACAGUAAACCCUGUGGCGACGAGUGCUACAUGUACCUGGUGCAGGCAAGUGUGUAAAGACACAGACACAGAGAGAGAGAGAGGCACCUACAGGUCUGACUGUUCUGUGGUGGUUAUCUAGGAUGGUUUGGUGAGGGAGUACCCUGAUGGCAUGGCAACCGAGAGGUCCAAGACUCCUUCAAAACGCCCCGUGGGCCGUCGCCGGGGACGACCCAGCGGCAACAGCCGGCCCAGCACACCGACAGUCUCCACGGAUACCAAAGACACGGACAGCGAGCGGGAGGGGAAAGACGACGAUGAUGAUGAUAAUGAUGAUAAGAAGGAGGAGACCACCAGCAGCUCAGGUACACACACACACACACACACACAUAUAUAUAUAUAUAUAUAUAUAUAUAUAUACAUACCAACACACACACACACUAACCAUUACCUUGUGUGUAUUCUAGAGGGUAACUCACGGUGCCAGACUCCAGUGAAGUUGAAGCUGAGGUGUGAUCCUGAAGUUGUUGAUUGGAGAGGAGCCGAGGCUUCACUCUUUAGGGUUCUCAUCGGAACCUACUAUGACAACUACUGCGCUAUAGCAAGGCUCAUAGGAACAAAGACCUGCAGACAGGUGUGUGUUUCUGUUACAACAACACCUACGCUGAAAAUCAUUUUCUGUAUUUCACUCACAUUGCAAUUUUUUUCUCUCCCAGUUUUGGACUCAUAACGUUGUGGGCUAACUAGUCAGGUUUUAUGGAAAGACGUGUAGUAUAUUGUCUGGUAAUAUGUGUGUGUCUCUAGGUGUACGAGUUCAGAGUAAAGGAGUCUAGUAUCAUCGCUCGCGCUCCAGCCGAGAACGAAGACACGCCCCCUCGCAAGAAGAAGCGGAAACACCACAGGUACGCCACGCCCAAAUAUAUACCGACUGCUUGAGGCUGCACUAAUGGGGUGACUGAGCAGGGUACAGUCGGAGGAUCUGGUUGUCAACUUUCAUUGAAAAGACGUACUAACUUAAGGGUGGUGUCGUUUCAGGUUGUGGGCCACUUACUGCAGGAAGAUCCAACUGAAGAAAGGUGACGAUUGUCUCUACAUCUCUCCUAGCAUUGGAACCUUCAGAAUACUCAGCUUGCGGCCCCACGCAAUCUUCGAAUGUGAUUGAAAGUGUUGUUGUGAUCAAUGUGACGAAUUUAUGACCAAUGCAAAUCUUUGUUGUGUGACGGUGCUGACAUGUGCUUGACCCCUCCCCCUGCAGAUGGCUCGUCCAACCACGUGUAUAACUACCAGCCAUGUGACCACCCCCGCCAGCCCUGUGACUCCUCCUGUCCCUGCGUCACCGCUCAGAAUUUCUGUGAGAAAUUCUGCCAGUGCAGCUCAGAGUGUGAGGACAUUUUUAAAUACUUUAUUUUCAUUAUUACAUUACAGAUGACCAGUGUUACACUCACUCUAACCUUCUCUCUGUCUGUCUGUAGGUCAGAACCGUUUCCCAGGCUGCAGGUGUAAGGCCCAGUGUAACACCAAGCAGUGUCCGUGUUACCUGGCGGUCAGAGAGUGUGACCCUGACCUCUGUCUAACCUGCGGAGCCGCUGAACACUGGGACAGCAAGAAUGUCUCCUGUAAAAACUGCUCCAUACAGAGGGGAGCCAAGAAGGUAAAACACACACAGUAUUGAUCGCAUUGUGCAGCUGUACAGGGUUUUUCCUUUGUUUGUUUGGUAUCUGUAGCUCACUAUUUAGCCCCCCCCCCCCCCCCCUCCCUCUCAGCACCUGCUCCUAGCUCCGUCUGAUGUCGCAGGCUGGGGCAUCUUCAUCAAAGAGCCAGUUCAGAAGAAUGAGUUCAUCUCUGAGUACUGUGGAGAGGUGAGGCUCAACUCUGUCUGUCUGGGUGAUGGUUUUGUCUGCUUGUGUGUAAUGUACAAGCCUGUGGAAAAUAAUUGUGUGUUGAUCCUCUGUGUGUGUGUUGAUCCUCUGUGUGUGUGUUGAUCCUCUGUGUGUGUGUUGAUCCUGUGUGUGUGUGUGUGUGUUGAUCCUGUGUGUGUGUGUUGAUCCUGUGUGUGUGUUGAUCCUCUGUGUGUGUGUGUGUUGAUCCUCUGUGUGUGUGUGUUGAUCCUCUGUGUGUGUGUGUUGAUCCUCUGUGUGUGUGUGUGUGUGUGUGUGUUGAUCCUCUGUGUGUGUGUGUUGAUCCUCUGUGUGUGUGUGUUGAUCCUCUGUGUGUGUGUGUGUGUGUGUGUGUGUGUUGAUCCUCUGUGUGUGUGUGUGUGUGUGUGUGUUGAUCCUGUGUGUGUUGUUUCUCUCCCCUUCUUGUAGAUAAUCUCCCAAGAUGAGGCUGAUCGCAGAGGGAAGGUCUAUGACAAAUACAUGUGUAGCUUCCUCUUCAACCUCAACAACGGUAACACACACGCAUACAAAAGGAUUGAAAUCAUGUUUUUGUUAAGUGGGAGGGAAAGCUAACUCUCUCUCCCUCCCCCAGACUUUGUAGUGGAUGCCACUAGGAAAGGAAACAAGAUUCGUUUCGCCAACCAUUCCGUCCACCCCAACUGCUAUGCAAAAGGUCAGACAACCCCUAAAACACUAUUUCAUUAGUUGAUCAGUUGAUUUGGGGUGAAUGUUUCCCCCAGGGGUCAAGACUAGAAACUGUGCUUCAGCAGUGUUUAAACCACCAGAUGUAUGUCAGCUGAUCCAACCAGUCUGGUGUAUAACCUAAUACAGCAGCAGUGUUUAAACCACCAGAUGUAUGUCAGCUGAUCCAACCAGUCUGGUGUAUAACCUAAUACAGCAGCAGUGUUUAAACCACCAGAUGUAUGUCAGCUGAUCCAACCAGUCUGGUGUAUAACCUAAUACAGCAGCAGUGUUUAAACCACCAGAUGUAUGUCAGCUGAUCCAACCAGUCUGGUGUAUAACCUAAUACAGCAGCAGUGUUUAAACCACCAGAUGUAUGUCAGCUGAUCCAACCAGUCUGGUGUAUAACCUAAUACAGCAGCAGUGUUUAAACCACCAGAUGUAUGUCAGCUGAUCCAACCAGUCUGGUGUAUAACCUAAUACAGCAGCAGUGUUUAAACCACCAGAUGUAUGUCAGCUGAUCCAACCAGUCUGGUGUAUAACCUAAUACAGCAGCAGUGUUUAAACCACCAGAUGUAUGUCAGCUGAUCCAACCAGUCUGGUGUAUAACCUAAUACAGCAGCAGUGUUUAAACCACCAGAUGUAUGUCAGCUGAUCCAACCAGUCUGGUGUAUAACCUAAUACAGCAGCAGAUGGGACCAACAGACGUAACACUCUGACGUAGCGUUUCACUGAUAAGACAUCUGUUGUGUUAACAGUCUCUCUCCUCUCUCUGCAGUGAUGAUGGUGAAUGGUGACCACAGGAUAGGGAUCUUUGCAAAGAGAACCAUCCAGACUGGAGAGGAGCUCUUCUUUGACUACAGGUCAGUAUAUCAUGUUUACUAACCAGCCAGUCUGCAGCCUGGCAGCCGGUCAACUAGGAUCGUAUUAAUCAGCACAACUCCGUCUGAAUACUCUGUGAGGAGGGCGUCAAGAACUCCCUCCCCGUUUGGUUUCUCUAACACACCUACUUAAGGCACAGGAGGUUUCCAGUUGGUCUAUCGACAUGACUGUAGACAUUUUGUCGCAGCGACAUCAUGAACAUUCUAUUGUCGUCCGACGUCAAACUUGUCGUUAUGAAGAAGUACAAACGCAAAACCGCAGUCUCUGCAUGGCAUCAGCAGCCUGGUGUUCCAAAUGGCAUACUUUGCUCUAUUUCAGGGUUAUUCAACUCUUACCCUACGAGGUCCGGAGCCUGCUGGCUUUCUGUUCUACCUGAUAAUUAAUUGCACAAACCUUGUGUCCCAGGUCUAAAUCAGUCCCGGAUUAGAGGUCCAGAGUUGAGUUUGAAGGCUCUAUUUGAAUGCCAAUAAACCCAUCUGUUUAAAAAUUCAAUUAGUUAAAUGUCAACCUAGCAAGCCAGGCAAAUAAAAGCAACUUUCUAAACAAUGUUUUGGUUCGUCGUUACCAAUUAAUGACCAGAGUAUAGUUGACAGGGUCUUAACUUUAGCUACUUUUUAUUCAAGAGGAACAUAAACCCACAACAACAUUAUUUACAAGGUAUUGGCGAGCUUCCAGAAAACGGCUUACGAUUGUGUGACUCUAGUAGGUCGUUCUACUGGAUCAUUUUAGAACUCCAGCACAGUCUCGGUACAGAUGGAUUUGGUCUUGUUGCUGUAGCAGCCCAGUAACCACAACAACGGGGGUUGCGACAGUCGCAGAGACAUUCACUUUUUUUCAUGCCUGUGAGACAAGGAAACCGACAGUCGCAGCGACGGUCUACAGACAUUCCACCGGAUUAUAAAUGAAGUGUUUUCACCAGCAACACUUGUCACAUUCUAAUUGUCUACAGACAUGUCGUUAGACUAAGUGUAAACUGGCUUUUAUACGUACGCAUACACUCAUACACUUUGUGGUUGGUUUGACAUCUCUAGCUAACUGCUCAUGUUUUUCUCUCAGGUACAGUCAGGCUGAUGCUCUGAAGUACGUCGGCAUCGAGCGGGAGUCAGAGAUGCCAUGAUCCCCUCUUCUGGAUCAACACACACACACACACUCUCUCUUCAGGAAACCCAAACGACUGUCGGAAUCCUGGGAUGCUUCAAGAAUUCUGGAAAGUCUUAUUUUUCUCACUUUGAAUUGUUUUUCUACCAACAAAUCUUCCAGUUCUCUGGGAUAUGUAGGACUUGGUAACUAUGGUCACCAGAACGUCCUUCCUCUGUUUACAGCUAACAAACAAACACACAUAAACCGGUGUUAAUAAAUCCACUGACUGGUUCUCUUUAGCUCUGUGAUACUUUUUAUACUUGAGGGUGAUCCAAAUUCAUGGACACAUUAUUGACUCUGUGAAAUCACAACUGGUUGUUGAAAAAUAUUUUACUGGGACCAAAACUCUGUUUUUUUUGUGUUUUUUUU